AAGGAUGACACAGACAUAGGCCGACACUACAGUUUAAUCGGACAUUCUACUUUCAAAAUUUAGAAGUGAAAUACAUAGCGAGAUAACAACAAGGGCGUCAUAUCAUACAUUAAAAUGAGGCUACUCUGUUACACACUCAGUCUUCUACUAUUUGUUAAAGCUAUACAUUCCUUCGAGUGUUUCUCGUGUAAGCAUGUUGACGAUCCUUUCCUCUGCAAUCGCACAGUGACUUGUUCAGGGUCUGAGGAGUUCUGCUUCAUGAAUGUUCAAGGAGGAAUUUAUGACAUGGGCUGUGCUGAUAAUCAGCAUUGUGGUGGCGUUCCAGUAACUGGUAUAGUUGGGCGAAGUGUAAUAAAGUCUCAAGUACAAACACAAGAUGAUGUUGAUUUACAACGUAGAUCUUCUACCUGCCAUGAAUGCUGCUCUAUGGACAAUUGUAAUUCAGACCUUUGUCACCAUCUGAAACCUUCUCUGUGUAUCAACGAUGAAACUGUGGAUUGUGCAAAGAUGAAUACCUUGUUUCACAUCUGCCAAGAUACGCAUCAAGCUAAACUAGUGUGUCCAAAAUUUUGCAAUCUAUGCAAAUUAGUUGAUGGCGGCUGGAGUCAGUGGUCAGAUUGGGGAAGCUGCGACGUUACCUGUGGCAAAGGUGUGCAAACCAGGGUCAGAACAUGUGCCAACCCAGCGCCGGCGUUUGGAGGACUUGAUUGUGUUGGAAAUGCUACUGAUACUAGGGAAUGCACGAUUCGUCACUGUCCUGGAGUUUGCGUCGGCAGUCAGUUCUUAAAUUCGAGCCUCACAAAUGUUGCACGAGGGAAAAGUGUCACCCUUAGUUCAUUGUUUGACCAAAUAUCUCCUGGAUCCCUCAUGGUCGAUGGCAACCGAGCUAGCAACUGGCCUUGCGCAUGCACCUUACCAAGUCAUCAUCCGUACGCUGUGAUAGAUCUACAACAAGCGUUUGACAUAUAUUCCAUGUACAUUGUCAACCGUGGAGAUUGCUGCCCUGAAAGACUUCACAAUCUGGCAGUAUUCGUCGGAAAUUCAACGUCAAGUCUCACUCUGGUCGCACGUCACCCAGCCCCUAUUGGUGCAGACUGCACCAUAGUAUUUGAUCAGCCGGUGAAUGGACGCUACGUAAAACUUCUCAUUGAAUCAGAUGAUUACCUUACAAUAUGCGAACUGGAAAUAUACAGUGUAUAAGCUUGAACGGUUUGGGUUAGGAAUAAAAAUCAAUGAUGGAUUA